AUGGCAAGUGACAGCUAUUAUGAAAAGCUGAUUGUGCGCUACGUGAAGGCUGCCGCCUGUUUGGCGCUGCUAGGCGCUACAGAGGCCGAAGUCAACCUCGAGCCCGGCUUGGCCAUUCGACAACAAAAUGAUAAACCGCCUAUCGUGAAAAUGCUCCCUUUCGUGUUCCUGUUGCUUUUCGGAGCAACGUCCGGCUGGAGAGGCUUCUGCCCUCUGAGAUGUCGAUGCAACGACAAAGAGCUUGUCGUGCACUGCAAUGAUGCGGCGCUGGACGUCAUUCCGAUCACACUGAACCCCGGUCUCCGGGAGCUGCAUUUGGCCAGGAACACCAUCAAGAACAUAAUGAGCGCAUUCAGCGUCUAUCCCACUCUGGAGAGUCUCGACGUCAGUCACAAUCAAUUACACAACCUCAACAAGAACAACUUCCAUCUGCGACACUUGAUGCAGCUCGACAUCAGCAACAACUUCGUCGAGGAGGUCAACGCAGAAACCUUCCGAGGGCUUCAGAAUUUGAACGAGCUGAACUUGCGGAAGAACUCCCUCAGCAGUCUUCCCGCGCGAGCCUUCCAUGACAUGCGCAAUCUGGAGCUCCUGGAUCUCUCCAAUAACCAGCUAGUGAAAAUCGAUCAGUCAGCUUUCAUCGGUCUCGUUCGACUCCAGAAACUCAUUUUGAGGUCGAACUCGUUCGAGGAAAUACCCAGCGAGGCCUUCGCUCACUUAUCCCAUCUACAUACGCUGGACUACGGCGGGAACGCCAUAAGCCGCGUUCCGAACCACGCUUUCCACUAUCUCAGUCGAUUGCGGGAGCUUUAUUUGGAUCGUUGCAACAUUGCUGUUUUUGAAUUGAAAGCGUUCAACGGUCUCGUAUCGUUAGUGAAUCUAAACCUUCAGUACAACAGCCUCGAACGCUUCCCCGCUCAGGCUCUCGCCGAACUCCACAAGUUGGAAGAGCUCAGUGUGGGCGGUAAUCGUUUCGGGGAGAUCCAAUCCGGAGAUUUACACGUGCUUCCGGGCCUGAAAAAGUUCAGUUUGACGCAAUCGGAAUCUUUCGAGAGGAUCGCCGAGGACGCUUUCGACCACUCGCCGAACGUCGAGCAGGUCCUCCUGGAGAACAACAAACUCCUCCAGCAUCUGCCGGAGAAACUUUUUGCGCAGCUCCGUGUUCUUAAGCACGUUAGUUUACGAGGCAACGCGCUGCGAUUCAUACAUCCAAAGGCGGUUCCCGUCGGACAGUUGGACACGUUCGACAUUUCGAAGAAUCCUCUAAUUUGCAACUGCUCGAUAGAGUGGUUGUGGAAUCAGUUGCGGUUCCACGAGUCGAUCGCGUAUCACAACAGUUCGGGGGCUCGAUGCGCGGGACCGGCCAAUCUGCAGCACGAGCUGAUUAAGAAUCUCUCGCAGGCCGAUCUCGACUGUGAUGGUCCUGCGAAACGGGGCCUGCUCGUUCUCGGGGUGACAGCGGCUUGCGUGCUAGGUAUUCUAAUUGCGGGUGCGGUGGCGCUCUGGUGGCGACGGCGAUCCUUGGCGCUCAUUAAAACGAAACAAAUGCAAUUGGGUUGCGAUUCGAACACGCUGACGGCGCCGAUGGUUGAACACCAUAACCACCAGACGUACCUGACUCAGGCGCACUUCGGCCCGGGAACGCUCCCGUUGCCCCUACCCCCUCAGUCCCCGUACCACGGUAGUUCCUACUAUUCGAGUCAGCAUACGCUGAACUCGACGGGGUAUCUCAUAAGCAAUCCGAUGGACUCUGCCAACCACGUGUACAUGACCGUCGGACCGCCGAGUCCUCAACACAAAAUCCCCCAUUCGCCGGCAUUGAAUCAGUGUUACUACACGAUGUCGACAGAGAAGAAAUACAAGCCAAAUCAGGCAUCGCUAGCCUACAUUUAG